AUGAGGAAGAUAGAUUCUAGCAAUAAGCUAAUAUUAAUUAAAGUUUGCUUAUGUUUUAUUGAUUUGUUUUAUUGGGUUUCUGGGGUUAUGCUCCUGUGCAUAGGAGUCUCUGUCCAGAUGAAACUCCAUGACACUUUCAUGGUGCUGAAUGAAACCUCGUCUGGUGUCCCUGUGAUUAUCACUGUUGGUGGUGGUGUGAUCAUCUCCGUCUCAACCUUUGGUGCAACUGCCAUACUGAAAUCCAAUCAUACGAUGAUCAAAGUGUUCACAGGCAUGCUGCUGAUUAUCUUCUUGAUUGAAAUCAUAGUUGGCAUCUCUGCCUAUGCUUACAGAUGGAAGCUGCAUGACAACCUGUUGAGAAGCUUCCUGAAGACUCUUGACAAAUAUAACAGAGAAUCCCAAGUAACCAAAGGAAUAGACCACCUACAGGAGAAUUUCCAAUGUUGUGGUGCUCAGAAUUACACUGACUGGUUCAAUACUACAUUUGGAUCUCUCAAUUCAGCUGUUCCAAAUAGCUGCUGCAAGAUGAUAACGAAAAGUUGUGGAAUGAAUAUAAGCAACGAUGCUGCUAACAUUAACCAACAGGGAUGCAUUCAAAAGCUGAAGAAGUGGGCUGAAGAACAUAUUGCUCUUAUUGGAGGGGUUUGCAUAAGUGUUGGAUUUGCACAGUUACUUGGGAUCUUAUUUAGCUACAUGCUACUGAGACUACUUAAUGAAGAUUAUGUGAAUUUGGACUAUGUCAAACUAUAUCACUCCCUUGUCUAA